AAAAGGUGUGUGUGGUCUGUGAGAUUAGGCCUAAGCGAUGACAUUCGGCACCGGCAUUGACACGCGCGCGAAACGGAAGAAUUGGUGGGAAAAACCUCCCUCCAAAACCUACACCUGUCACUUUCCAACCCCCCCUCCCUUCCCCCCCUUCUUCUUCAAAACCCUAGCAAUUCCUCGCUCAAUCUCAAACCCAGAUUUCAUUCCCUGGGCCUCAUAGAUUUAGAGAGAGAGAGAGAGAGAGAACAGUGAGAGAGAGAGAGAGAGAGAGCCCUUUCCAUCUCUUCCGAGGCUCUCUCUCCCCCCCAAACCCCCCUACACAAUGGCAUUGAUACAUGAAGAAGCUGAUGAAGAGAUUGAGAUUGAAUUCGAGGCCACUCCGAAGCGUUACGUACCGCUCUCCGAUUUGUACUCCGCCACAGCUCCAUGCAUCACCGCGACUAGAUCUUCCAACGUCAAGUCCAAAAAGAUCAAAGCUCGAAAGCUCCACCGUGGUCACCAUUUUCACUGUGAAAAGCCACCGACACAUUCGAAGAAGCCGCCCCUUCUUCACUGCUACUCUCGUCGCCGACCCAAGAACCAUCUGCAUUCUCUCCAAGAGCCCGCAUUUUUCGAUUCCUUGGUGUCCCGAUCACAGCCUCAGUCCAAUGUUUCGCCUGCAUUGGAAAUUGUACAGGAAGAUGGACCGCUUGUCGAAAAAAAAGAUGAGGAUUGCGGGUUGGGAUCGAUGAAGAAAAAUAAUGAUAAGAAGAAACUUAAGAAGAAGAAGAAGCGGAAGAGGGAGUUUGGUGGCAGUGACGUUGUUAAAUUGGACGCUGAUUUGAGCUCUUUGAAACAGCUCGACGAGCCUCGAGUGGGAGAGUCUCUGAAUCAAAAUUGUGAUGUGAACAAUGCUGACAUUAGUCGGAAAAGAAAACGUCGUCGUGCUUCGGGGAAUUGCAAAAACCCUGAUGACUACCAAAUGGUUAAUUCUGCUAAAAAAUGGGUCCGGUUGAGUUUCGAUGGUGUUGAUUUGAAGAAAUUCAUUGGAUUAAAAUGCAAGGUUUACUGGCCUUUGGAUGGUUAUUGGUAUUCUGGUCAUGUGGUUGGAUUCAAUGCAGAGACCGAUCGACAUCAUGUUUCAUAUGAGGAUGGUGAGGAAGAAUAUAUUCUUCUAUCCAAGGAGAGAGUUAAGUUUUACAUCUCUCGUGAUGAGAUGCAGCAGUUAAAUCUGAGUUACAGGACUAAAACAUCGGAGAUGGAUGACCUUGAUUUUAGCGAGAUGGUUGCAUUGGCUGCUAGUUUUGAUGAUUCCCAUGAGCAUGGACCUGGAGAUAUUAUAUGGGCCAAACUUACCGGUCAUGCUAUGUGGCCAGCAAUCAUUGUGGAUGAAUCUCUUAUUGUCAAUCUUAAAGGUCUAAACAGAAAUUCAGGAGUAAAAUCAGUUUCAGUGCAAUUUUUUGGUACCCAUGAUUUUGCAAGGAUUAAUAUGAAACAAGUUAUCUCAUUUCUUAGAGGACUUCUCUCUUCUUUCCAUCUGAAAUGCAAGAAAUCACAUUUUGUGCAAAGCUUGGAAGAAGCAAAAAUGUAUCUCAGUGAACAGAAGCUUCCAAAAAGAAUGUUAAAGAUGCAAAAUGCUGUUGAAGCUGAUGAUUGUGCGAGUGGAAGUCGAGAGGAUGAAAAGGGUGCUGAUUCAGGUGAAGAUUGCAGAGGAGACGAAAGGAUACAUAGCAAUCUAGAGGGCACCAAAACUUGCCCAUUUGAGAUAGGGGAUUUACAAGUGAUAAGUCUUGGAAAGAUUGUGAAGGACUCAGAGUAUUUUCAGGAUGGGAGAUUUAUCUGGCCUGAAGGAUAUACUGCUGUGAGGAAGUUUCCUUCAAUAGCAGAUCCAAAUGUAUAUACCUUGUACAAGAUGGAAGUCCUGAAAUGCAAUGAUGCGGGCCCAAAGACUCGGCCUUUAUUUAGAGUUACGCUGGAUAAUGGAAAGCAGUUCAAAGGAUCCACUCCAUCUUCUUGCUGGAAUAAAAUCUACAAGAGGAUAAGGAAGACACAGUGCAGUUCCGAUGGUUUUAUAGCUGAAGGUGGACUCGGGAGGAUCUUUAAUUCUGGUUGUGAUAUGUUUGGUUUUUCCAAUCCUGAGAUUUCAAAGCUUAUACAGGAGUCAUCAAAUUCCAAACUCCCCUCGAAAUCUUCUAUGUCUAAGUUGAGUUCUCGAAGGUUGCAAGACGUGCCUAAUGACUACAGGCCUGUUCAUAUUAAAUGGAAAGACCUUGAUAAGUGCAAUGUUUGCCACAUGGAUGAGGAGUAUGAUAAUAAUCUGUUUCUGCAGUGUGAUAAAUGCAGAAUGAUGGUUCAUGCUAAGUGCUAUGGGGAACUAGAGCCUGUUGAUGGGGUACUUUGGUUAUGCAGCUUGUGUCGUCCAGGAGCUCCUGACUCCCCCCCACCCUGCUGCCUUUGUCCUGUAGUAGGGGGUGCUAUGAAGCCUACAUUGGAUGGACGCUGGGCACAUCUUGCUUGUGCCAUAUGGAUACCAGAAACUUGUUUAUCUGAUGUCAAGAAAAUGGAGCCCAUUGAUGGAAUUAGUAGAAUCGCCAAGGACCGCUGGAAGCUUUUAUGCAGCAUCUGUCGGGUUUCUUAUGGAGCUUGCAUCCAGUGUUCAAACAAUACUUGUUGCGUAGCAUAUCAUCCGCUUUGUGCACGUGCUGCUGGUUUUUGUGUUGAGCUUGAAAGUGAGGACAGACUUAAUCUCAUGUGUAUGGAUGAGGAUGAGGAUGAGGAUGCACAGUGCAUUCGUAUGCUUUCCUUCUGCAAGAAGCACAGGUCACCAUCUAGCGAGCUUUUAACAGCUGAUGAUUGUAUUGUGCCAGUUGCCUGUCAAUAUUCAGAAUACAGUCCUCUGGUUAAUCCAUCUGGUUGCGCUCGUAGUGAGCCUUAUAAUUGUAUUGGUAGAAGAGGGAGGAAAGAACCUGAAGUUCUUGCUGCUGCAUCCUUGAAGCGUUUAUUUGUAGAGCAAAGGCCUUAUUUGGUCGGUGGAUACUGUCGACAUGAGGCCUUGGGAAAUACACUACCUUCUACUGCAGAUGCUGGUUCUAAAUUCUCCCUCAGUCUUCAAGAGCUAAAGACGUCUGAGCUUGAUGCUCCCGAGAGCAUACUUUCUAUGGCUGAGAAAUACAAAUACAUGAGAGAAACUUAUAGAAAAAGAUUGACGUUCGGGAAAUCUGGAAUACAUGGUUUUGGAAUCUUUGCAAAACAGCCACACAGAGCAGGAGACAUGGUGAUUGAAUACAUAGGUGAGAUUGUUAGACCCUCAGUGGCUGACCGAAGAGAACGCUUCAUGUACAAUUCGCUAGUGGGUGCUGGGACUUACAUGUUUCGUAUUGAUGAUGAGCGUGUCAUUGAUGCAACAAGGGCUGGAAGCAUUGCACAUUUAAUUAAUCACUCUUGUGAACCUAAUUGCUACUCGAGAGUUAUAAAUGCGAAUGGUGAUGAUCAUAUAAUUAUAUUUGCUAAAAGAGAUGUUAAACAGUGGGAAGAACUGACAUAUGAUUACAGAUUUUUUUCUAUUGAUGAACAUCUUGCAUGCUGUUGUGGCUUUCCAAGAUGCCGGGGUGUAGUUAAUGAUAUUGUAGCAGAGGGACAAGCGGCAAAGCUGCAUGUACCUCACAAAGACUUGAUACAUUGGAAAGGAUAAUGACAGAG